AUGGCGUCCGGUGGCUCUGGCUGCACCGCCACGGCCGGAGCCGCGGCGCUGCUGUCUCUGGUGUUCUUGUGGCUGCUGCAGGCCUCAGCGGGCGCGGGCGCGGGCGCCGACUGCCACUUCCCGGCCGUGUUCAACUUCGGCGACUCCAACUCGGACACGGGCGGGCUGUCGGCUGCCUUCGGCGCCGCGCCGCCGCCCAACGGCAGGACCUUCUUCGGCAUGCCCGCCGGCCGCUACUGCGACGGCCGCCUCGUCAUCGACUUCAUCGCUGAAAACCUGGGAAUACCUUACCUAAGUGCGUACCUCAACUCAGUAGGAAGCAACUUCUCACAGGGGGCCAAUUUCGCAACAGCCGGCUCGACAAUCAGCCGACAGAACACAUCCCUGUUUCUCUCCGGGUUCAGCCCCAUCUCCUUGGACGUGCAGUCCUGGGAAUUCGAACAGUUCAUCAACAGAAGCCAGUUCGUGUACAACAACAAAGGUGGUGGCAUCUAUAGGGAGCUCCUGCCAAAGGCCGAGUACUUCUCCCAGGCGCUCUACACCUUCGACAUCGGCCAAAACGACAUCACCGCGGGCUACUUUGCAAACAUGACCACUGAUCAAGUCAUAGCGUCGAUUCCUGAACUCAUGGAGAGGCUCACCUCAAUAAUCAAGAAUAUGCAUGAGCUCGGAGGAAGGAACUUCUGGAUCCACAGCACGGGGCCUAUUGGCUGCCUGCCUUACGCUCUCAUUCACCGCCCCGACAUUGCCGCGGUCAAGGACAAGGUUGGCUGCUCCGUCACCUACAACAAGGUUGCGCAACUCUUCAACCAGAGGCUGAAGGAAACGGUGGCUCGUCUCCGGAAAACCUACCCCGACGCCGCGUUCACCUACGUCGACGUCUACGCCGCCAAGUACAAGCUGAUCAGCCAAGCCAGCAAGCUAGGCUUCGACGACGCUCUGCUCACCUGCUGCGGGCACGACGCUGGCCCGUACAACUUCGACCCGAAGGUUGGUUGCGGCGGGAAGGUGCUGGUGAAGGGGAAGUGGGUGGUGCUGGGAAAGUCCUGCGACGACCCGUCCAGGAGAGUGAGCUGGGACGGCGUCCACUUCACUGAGGCGGCGAACAAGUUUGUCUUUGAUCAGAUCGUCGGCGGCGGGCUCUCGGACCCGCCGGUGCCCCUAAGGCAGGCUUGCCGGAGCAAAGGGCAGUGA